AUGGGGACCAUGCACCGAAGUGGUGCACCCAGAAGAACAAAUGAAAAUGCAAAGCUUAUCAUAACGACAAUCGUGGGAAUGGUGUUUGGUUUUUUUAUCGGUAUUACAUUACCAUCAGGUUCCUUUAGUAAGAUUAACUUACCUUCAGGCCUUAUAUCAUCUCUUGAUGUAGCCAUGUCAGAUGGGAAGUUAUUUUCUGGUGGCAGAUCGCCUGAAGAAUUUGGCUCAAGAGCGUUUCCUAAGAUAUAUGUCCCAACCAAUCCGCAUGGUGCAGAACUACUCCCUCCUGGAAUUAUUGUGGCAGAAACAGAUUUUUACUUGCGCAGAUUAUGGGGCGAACCUAAUGAAGAUUUGAAGAAGAAACCAAAAUAUCUCGUAACUUUUACAGUUGGGAUUGAGCAGCGGAACAAUAUUAAUGCAGCUGUUAAGAAGUUUUCUGAAGAUUUCCAAAUUUUGCUUUUCCAUUACGAUGGCCGGACGACUGAGUGGGACCAGUUUGAGUGGUCAAAAAACGCAAUACAUAUCAGUGCAAGAAAGCAAACAAAAUGGUGGUACGCAAAGAGAUUUUUGCAUCCUGAUGUUGUCUCAGCUUAUGAGUAUAUAUUCAUAUGGGAUGAAGAUCUUGGAGUCGAGCAUUUCAAUGCAGAUAGGUAUAUUGAGUUAGUUAAGAAGCAUGGUUUGGAGAUUUCUCAACCAGGCUUAGAGCCAAACAAUGGACUUACAUGGGAAAUGACAAAGAGGAGAGGCGACCGAGAUGUCCACAAAGAAACUCAAGAAAAACCAGGAUGGUGCAGUGAUCCACAUUUACCUCCAUGUGCUGCCUUUGUUGAGAUUAUGGCACCUGUAUUUUCUAGAGAAGCAUGGCGAUGUGUAUGGCAUAUGAUUCAGAAUGAUCUUGUUCAUGGAUGGGGUCUCGAUUUUGCUCUCAGACGAUGCGUUGAGCCUGCUCAUGAGAAGAUUGGCGUGGUGGAUUCACAAUGGAUUAUCCAUCAAGUGAUUCCUUCCCUUGGAAGUCAGGGUGAGUCGGAGAAAGGAAAAUCUCCAUGGCAAGGGGUGAGAGAGAGAUGCAGAAACGAAUGGACGAUGUUCCAGAAUCGCGUGGCAGAAGCAGAUAAACAGUACAUGGAACAACACAAGGUAGAAGGAUAA